UGUUCAUCAAUGUCAAAUGUCAAAGUGAUAUGUGAUGUGAUUGUUUAUCUUCUAAUUUAAUGACACGUUCAUUCUUUGAGUUCUUGUAUUUGUUAUUGAAUAACGAAAAUAGCUAUUAAAUAUAGUGUCAUGUAGACAAAAAAGUCCUACUCAUCAUUUUACUCAAACAUAUUGGAUUCAUAAUACACUAAUUUACAUUCAAAUUGUACAUUAAAAAUGGCUCGUCACAGGGAUGUCCGAAAUAUGGACUACUCAGACGAUUACGAUGGAUACGAUGAUGUGUAUGGCCACUCCGUCGACGACGAUUAUUACAUAUCUCCGAGUAACAGGCAGUUCUUGUACAACAGGGAGCUCUCGCAGAGAAGUUCCGAAGGCGAUAUAAAGGAAGAGGACGAAUCCGAAGCGGAAUUGGCCGACAUGGAUAGAGCUAAACUAGCUUCGUGCAUCGAUCAAAUCAAACAAACCAUCGGAAAUGUUAAUCUAUCGAGGAACGAUCUAGUCAAUAUUAUUAUACAACACAACUAUGACAUCCAGAAAUGCAUAAAUACUUUAUUAGAAAGUACCCUGCAACCAGCACCAGUUGAAAAAGACAAUUCGAAUUUCAACAUUCCAACGAGCAGCCAAUCGAAAUUUAUUAUACCCAAAUUAAACUUAUCUUCGUUUAAAAAGGAGGCGAAUUUUUGCAAUGAAUCACCUAAUGACGACAAAAAGCCAUUUAGUAAUCUAUCAGACUUGGUUUCUACCCAUUUAAAAGACAACGUGCCAGUAGUGGACGGCAUAAGAACGCAAUUGAAGAAUCUAAACCUCAAUAACAAUCAGGCGUUGAGUAAAAUGACUGUGUCAGAAUCAAAAUCUUCCAACGAUCUACCCAAAAGUGACGAAGCUUGCAAAAUAGACCUAUCUAAAGCCUUGAAGAGCACUGUGAGCGCUCCUUUAGUGCCAACAAACAAAGCGAAAGAAAAUUUCGAAAUACCUUUCAUUGAAUGCAAGUCGGAUUUGCCUAUGAGGGGAAAUCGAUCUUCAUACGAGGAACUGAUUUGUUCUCUAAAUGUACCGGAGAACACGAAAAAUAUCGAUUCGAAGCUAGAAAAGAAAACCAGCUUGUUAGGAACGGUGAUUUGCAAGAAAUACAAGAGAUACCUCAAGCAAAUUUCGCUGGUAAAAAAAUACUCGAGCGCCAUUAAAAUAUUCGAUUUCAUUAACGCCGACAUCGAACCGGCCACGAAAGUCAUAUCUUCCACCGUCAAAACCGUCACCAACAUAACCAAGGGCUUCGAUCUCUCCCGAAGAGAACCGAAACCCAGCCACACGCCCCGGUCCCAGUCCCCAGCCUCCGGCAAAAUCACCCCCAUCGACAACCCCGAAGACAACAAGCCCGCCAAACAACCGGACAACAAAUUCGACCCGCUGCAAUUGUACCGCAACGAACGGGCCCAAAGCAAGGAGCACCUCUACAUGGUGGUAAUCGGCCACGUCGACGCCGGCAAGAGCACCUUGAUGGGCCAUCUGCUCUGCGAUUUAGGACAGGUGAACCAGAAAGUGUUGCACAAGUACGAGCAGGAGAGCAAGAAGCUCGGCAAGCAGAGCUUCAUGUACGCCUGGGUGCUCGACGAGACCGGCGAGGAGCGUAACAGAGGCAUCACGAUGGACGUGGGGCGGUUUCAAUUCGAAACCGCCACGAAAUGCGUGACGCUGUUGGACGCUCCCGGCCACAAGGACUUCAUACCGAACAUGAUAGCCGGCGCCGGCCAGGCGGACGUCGCGCUGCUGGCCGUCGACGCGAACCGCGGCGAAUUCGAGGCCGGCUUCGACUACGGCGGGCAGACGCGCGAGCACGCGCUGCUCGUCCGCUCGCUGGGCGUCUCCCAACUGGCGGUGGCCGUCAACAAACUCGAUACUGUGUCGUGGUCGCGCGAGCGCUUCGACGAGAUCGUCGACAAGCUGAAAACCUUUCUCAAGAAGGUCGGUUUCAAGGAGUCCGAUGUGAGGUUCGUGCCGUGCAGCGGCCUCACCGGCCAGAAUCUGACCGCCGGGCCCACCGAAAGCGAGCUCUUGGAAUGGUACCACGGACCUUGUUUGUUAGAUAUUAUAGAUCAAUUCCGUUCACCAGAAAGACCCGUAUCAAAACCAUUCAGACUGUCUAUUAACGAUAUAUUCAAAGGUACCGGUACAUCGUUCUGCGUGUCGGGGCGCGUGGAGAACGGCACUCUAAGCGUCGGCGAUAAAAUACUGGUGUGCCCGAGCAGGGAAUCGGCGGUGGUGAAGUCGCUGUGGAUCGAGGAGGCUUCGAAGAGCGUGGUGUUCGCCGGCGAUCAGGUGACCGUCGCGCUGUCCGGCGUCGAAAUGCAGAACGUUUCGGUGGGGAACGUGCUCUGCGAUGCGCUGAGGCCCGUGCAGGUGGCGAUGAAGUUCCGCGCGCGGAUCGUGGUGUUCGACGUGGCGGUGCCGAUAACCAGAGGUUAUUCGGUGGUGUUGCACCAUCAGUCGUUGGUGGAGCCGGUGGUGGUGAGCCGGCUGAUAUCGGAGUUGAAUAAGAGUACGGGCGAGGUGGAGAAGAAGCAUCCGAGGUUUUUGAAGAAGCAGGCCAGCGCGUUGGUGGAGAUUCAGGCGUCGAGGCCUAUUGCUUUGGAGUUGUACAGCGAGUGCAAGGAGCUGGGUAGGGUUAUGCUUCGAUUGGGUGGUGUUACUAUCGCGGCCGGUGUUAUUACGCAAAUUGUAUUAUAAGUUCGAAAAAUAUAUGUUGAAUUUUAUAUCCGUGCGUUUCAUUUAAUCAUAUAUCACUAAUUUAAGCCCAAAGCGUCAGCCUAUUCAUUGGAGUUUUAUUCUUUUUGAAUUAUUUGGGACCAGUGAAAAAAAAAAGGAAUACUGAUUACAAAUAAGCUAAUAAGCGAUAUGAACGUAAUCAAUAUAAAAAUAUAAUAUUUUCUAGAAAGCAGAUAACUCUUAUCUAAUUGAUACGAUUCAAAAUACCCAAAGGUACAGCAAAAAAUAGGUCGAUAAAUAUAUGAAUACUCACUCGAUAUAUUUUGAUAUAUUAGGAUCCGUCGUAAUUCCGGUAUGCCUGUACCCUAGCACUCCAAAUUCAUGAUACGUGACAUUUCCUUGCCUAGCCAAGUCUCUUUUAGUCAUAGCCACUUCAGCGACCUGAGAUUAUACAACUCUUAAAAAACCAAACCCACGACCAAACCGACCAACUCACCUUCCUCCCCAGCGCGCAUGGAAUGACCUCAUCGUCUUCGGCGUGCAGUAUCAUAAUCGGACAAUCCACCGACAGGAUAUUAGUGGUGGUCCUAAACAGGAACCCGUUCCUUUCCAGCGGCCGCUGCACCGUCGCCUCGAACCACGGCAUCCACGUGAACACCUGCCCCAGCUGCGUCGCCGGUAUCUCCUCCCUCAUGGUGGUGAACGCCGACUCCAGGAUCAGCCCCGACGGCACCGUGUUGUACUUGUCCCGCAGCCGCUUCACCGUGUGCGUGCUCAGCGCGCUGCCCAGCGAGUGGCCCCACAGGUAGAUGUCGUUGUUCGUGUACAAGCGCAGCCAUCUGAACACCUGCGCUGUAUCGCUAACGAUUCCGUCUUCCGAAGGCGGAAAGUGCGGACCCGAAUCACCGAAACCUCUGUGGUCGGUGGCUAUGAGCAAGAAGUGCUUCCUGAGGACUUCGUAGGUGUUCUGGGGC